GUUUUCCCCUUCUCUCUAUUUUUUUUUUUUUUUUUUCAAGUUUUAAAUAAUUAAAUUUAUAUUUAUAUUGUGUUUGAACAAAAUUACCCCGAUCAGUCGGAAUUUUUUACUAAUUGGCGAGCCAGCAAGGCUAGGCCCUUAUUUGAAAUAGUUAUAACCACUUUAGGCCCUUCUUUUAGACUGAUACAACCACUUUAGGUCCUUAUUUGAAGCAAAAUCCAUUUCGGACCCUUAUUCAAGAAAAUAAGGGCACUUCGAGCCAUUAUUUGAAAUUUUCUGAAAAACAUAUUUGUACAUGAAAUUUGUGAUUAAGAAUAAUAUUAUUCGAAUAUUAUGAUUAAGAAUAAUAUUAACCACAAUGGUAUGAUAUCAAACUAAUCAUUCUAUUAUUACGUCAUUAAUACUAUUCUAAUGAUUAAUAUGCGUAUUUUUUAACAUGAGAGAGAGAGAGAGAGAGAUGGUGCUUGGGAAAAGUGAUAAUAGUUUUGAUUAUAUAGCUAUUACAUAAAGUCAUGUAAUAACUAUUAUAGUAGCAACUAUGAAAAGGAUUACAAUUUAUAGGCACAAUCUGUGAUAAUCAAUAAAUUUGUGAUUGGCCUGUAAUUUGAUAAUCACUGAUACAAAUCAAACAUGUUAAAAGUUACAUGACGAGAUGAAAGACUAACUUUUGUCUUAAUGAGUUUCCAGUUGAUGGUUAUUUGUGUCUCUUUUAGUUAUGUCUCUUUUCAUAAACCAUCAUUGACAAGCUUAAACUUUCAUAUAUAAAUGAUAUAUACCUUUCUUCGGGAAAGGCUUUAAUGGGCACGACAAACGAUGGAGAUCAAUGAUACUCUAGAUAUGCCGAAAGUUACGAUGACAUUGGCAUAUAUUCUCUCUCUCUCUUUUAUUUAUAAUUAUUUAUUAUGUGAUUUUUUAUAAUUUAAAAUAAACUGUUAUUCUCGUAAAUAUAUACCACCCCAUCCCUCAUUCCUCCUUGUUCGUCUCUUUGCGACCCCUAACGCACUACUCUCAUUUCUUCUUCUCGGUUUCCCAUGUCCAGCUUGCUCUUCCCUCGCUCUCUCAGCUUCUUUACAUCUUGUAGGGGGGCAUAAAUGCCUUCAUGGUUGUCCCAACGCUUCGACAACCAUUGUUGUCCCCAUUGCGAAGGGACAGUAUUGACAACGAGUAUUCACAUAAUCACAUCAGUGAUCGGUGUUGGAGUCCUGUCCCUGGCGUGGGCCACCGCACAGCUCGGCUGGAUUGCUGGCCCUAUCACUAUGCUCCUGUUCUCCCUUGUCACUUGCUACACCUCCCAAAUCCUCGCCGCCUGUUUCCGCCCUGAAGACAACACCUACAUGGAUGUCGUCACUGCCAAUCUUGGUGGGUUCAAAGUCGAGCUUUGUGGGCUGGUUGAGUGCGUGACCGUCUUUGGGGCUGCCGUCAGUUACACCAUCGCAUCUUCCAUUCGCCUGGCGAAUAUCGAGAGGCCCGUUUGCUUCCACAAGCACGGUGUCCAGCACGCGUGCCCCAUCAAAAGGAAUCGUUGCAUGAUUGCAGUCGGCAUCAUUGAGAUCCUCCUCUCGCAGAUCCUCCCUUCAGAUCAUCCGGGGUGGAUAUCUCUUGUCGCCGCUGUCAUGUCCCUUUGCUACUCCAGCAUUGAAGUUUUCCUUGGUAUUGCCAAAAUUAAAGCGACGCGGAAAAUCAGGGGAAGUCUCACUGGAAUCAGCACCAGCACCGUGACCCCAACACAGAAGCUAUGGGGGUGGCUUCAGGCACUUGGUGUCAUGGCCUUUGCUUAUGAAUACUUCCUCGUCUUCCCUGAAAUUCUGGGCACGAUCCAGUCCACUGCAUCCAGGACGAUGAAGAAGGCGAGUCUAGUCAGCAUACCAGUCGCAACCCUGGUCUACAUGUUAUCCGGGUGCAUAGGCUUCGCCGUCUCUGGCAACAUGGUGCCAAGAAACCUCCUCACUGAGUUUGGCUUCUACGAUCCAUAUUGGUUGGCCAGCAUCGCCGACGGCACUCUCGUGAUCCACCUCAUCGGCGCGUUCCAAGUUUAUUGUCAACCCCUAUUCACCUUCGUCGAGAAUAAGGUGAAGACGGUAUUUGGGCUCGGCCCAUACAAGCUCUUCUUCUUCAAGUUGGUCUGGAGGACAGUCUUUGUGAUUGCGUCCACCCUGACCUCCCUGCUCCUCCCAUUCUUCAUCGACAUUAUCGGGCUGCUCGGAGCGCUGAAUCUUUGGCUCCUCACGGUCUAUUUCCCGGUUCAGAUGUACAUUAAGAAGGAGAAUAUACUCAACCGGAGCACCAAAUGGGUGCUCCUCCAGAUUCUAAGUGUGGUUUGCUUUAUCGUCUCAGUCGCUGCCGCCGCUGGCUCUAUUGCUGGAUUUGUUCACGACCUCAAGUCCUACAAGCCCUUCACUUCGGGCUUUUAAAUGUCAUGCUACUAAUGUUCACGACAAGGUUAACUAUGUUAUUGAGUUUGCUGUGUGAGUAAUGCCAGGUUAAGAUUUCAGUUUCACCGUGUGAUGUAUUCAGGGAACGGGAAGGGCAUCUUUUUUUUUUCUUUUUUCUU